UAGGCGGCGGUAAUGCGGCGUUAAACCAACGGCGUCUUUUCACGACACAAAUUAACAAUUUACGGUCGUGUUGUUUUCGCCCGUAAAGCGGAACGCGUGGAGACGGAGGAAGGUUAAAGUGAAUUCCAAAAAACACGUCCAUCAUUCUGUCCUCCCCUCCAUUCCUUCUCACUCCUCUUUCGUUAGCAUCAUGCCAUUCGUGGACCUGCAGACACGGCUUGGCAUCGACCUGGACCGCUGGCUGCUGCAGAGUGGGGAGCAGCCCAAUAAGAGGGCAGCACGCUGCCAUGUGUUUGAGAAGGAGUGGAUCGAAUGUUCCCACGGCAUCGGGCAGACCCGUGCCAAGAAAGAGUGCCGGCUGGAGUAUGAGGACUUCUACGAGUGCAUGCACAGGCACAAGACAAACCAGAGGCUGCUUGCGAUCCGUCAGCAGCGUGAGAAGCUGGUGAAGGAGGGGACCUACACGGUGCCUCCCUGCCACUCCGGCAAGGCCGACCAGUCGCCCUGAGGGAACGCACAGCUGUCUGCAGUUCUGUUCUUGUUUAUAAAUGAAAUAUCACUAUUUCCUGUCCGCUGUACAAGUUUGCAAAUAAAUGUUAUCAUCCACUGA